AUGUAUUUUAAUAAAAUAUAUGCAAGUUCAACUGAACGUAUUGUUACAAGAUCAUCAUCAUCAAAUGAUGCAUAUGAUAUUGAACUUCAACAUCCACAACCGAGAAGACGACAAAUAUCUGAUCAUUACCAAGAAAAUGAUGACAUGAAAGAUCAACAUUUUGCACGUGCAUAUUCCGUACCACCAAAACAAACUCAAUUCUAUUCAUCGUCACCUGAUCAAACAUCAUCUAUGAAUAAUAUCGUUACCAUUCCAACAAAUCUUCCUAGUUUCAUGUCUCCGGAUCCUUUUAUAACAUCCUCAUUACCCACAGUAGUCGAAGAGAAGUAA